AUGUCGACAAUCUAUUUAACUGUUGCUCUUGUUAUUGCAUUAACGCAUAGUAAUGCGAAUGCACGUACCUUUCGUUUUAUCAAUCAAUGUAAACAGACAUUGUGGAUAGGUAUUCAAGGUCGACCGCUUAUUGUUGAUGGUGGAUUCGAAUUACCAGCCGCAUCAACGAAAGACAUUGAUGUACCUGACGGAUGGGUGGCUGGACGAUUUUGGCCGAGGACUGGAUGUAGAUGGAUUAACAAACAAUUUAAAUGUGCUACAGGCGAUUGCGGGGCUCGUGCAAAUGGAUUUGGCAUACCAUGCAAAGGCAUCAGUGGUCAACCACCUGUUACUUUAGCCGAAUUUACACUAAAUGGAGCUGGUGGAUUAGAUUACUAUGAUUUGUCGAAUGGUGAGCCAGUUUUAAUCAUUUUUCCAAAAAUAAUAACUGUUGAGUGUUCUUUGAUAGUUGAUGGACACAGCGUGGGAAUGACAAUUAAACCAAUCGGACAGUUUCAAAUGGUUAAUAAUAAAGAAUUAGGCAAAUAUAACUGUGGUACUGCUACAUGCACAUUUGAUGUAAACAAAUGUCCACCAGAAUUACAAAUGGACGAUGGUGCUGGUAAUAAAGUGUGCGCUAGUAUAUGUGCAGCCAUUAACAACGCAGGCCAACGUGCAAAACAUCAAAUGUUACAAAACUUCUAUGAUAAUAAAGAUACCCGUUCACUGGUCUGUUGUAGUUGUGAUCGACAACACUGUGUGAGUCCUCAUGAUAAGGUUACUGCAGGCGGUAAAUGUGACGUUGAGACGUGGCCGCGUUCAUCGCAGAACAUAGGAUACGAUAAAGUUUUUAAAAUACCAUGUCCAGACGCUUAUAGUUGGCAAUUUGAUGAUUUCAAGAGCACCUAUCAAUGUAUGAAAGCAAAUUAUGAGAUCAUCCUUUGUCCAAGUGGUGAUACAACGUCUCCAAUAGUAACAGCAACAGCAACAGCUGCAAUCAAACAGCAGCAAGCACAAUCAAACAGUUGUAAUGGCAGAACUUUUGAUACAAAUACGUAUGAUUGUCUUGAUGGACAACUUUGUCCGAAAGGUCAGCAAGCAUGUGGCAAAAAUUCUCAUGCAUGUUUCAAACCAUCACAGUAUAAGUGUGUAAAUGGUAAACUUCAAUCAAAAUAG